GGCGUUUUGGGAGUUCUCCUCAACAUCGUUAUGACCGACAUUCAGAUCAUCAGCUGUCUCGUCCUCGUCCUCUCCUUCACGACCUACAAAACUACGCGCAGAGGCCUUCUUCAAUACCAAACGGAGUCGCGUCUACUCGCGGAGAGAGCCGCCGUUCUGUCGAGAGAACACCACUCGCUGUCUACACGAGACCGAGAAGAAGAAACUUCGUCGCUGCUGGCGGAAGAGGAGCCGCGCGCCUCCUCGGCACCCGCGUGCGGCGAGAACUUUCUUGCGGUGUCUUCGCUAGCUGAAAUGAUGGAGACACCGCAGGUGCUACUGGAUCCGCUUCCGGAGGGUUGCGAAGCGGACGAUUUGGGAGCGAAAGGCGAGGCGCUUUUGCCCUCGUCUUCGGCAGAAAGUGCAGUGAUUCUGAAGGAGCGCAGAGAGAUACUGGAGGCGAAGCACCACCCUUCGUGGAUAAGCCUCGUGUACCUGAUUUUUGACGUCGCUGUCAAUACACUGUGUCUCCUGGCGGCAGGCGGCCCUGUGGCCGUCGUCUGUGGGGAGGCAUGGCAGCAGGCGCUGAUUUUGUUCCUGAUUUCUUUCCAUGUCUUUGCAACUGCGCUCUACGCCCGGUGGCUCCUCAAAUCGAAGCGGCGACGAGAACAACUGGGGAUUCAAGACGAAGACGUCGAACACGGGGGGCUCGGCUGGGUGUCCCCGCGAACGGUUGUGCUGUACCCUUUUCUCUCGCUCUUGGCGGGUGUCGCGGCUGGGUCUCUCGGGAUCGGAGGCGGCCUCAUCAAAGGGCCUUUGCUGCUGGAAAUCGGACUCAACUCGCUGUCUGCAGUGACUACGGCGAACUUCAUGAUCUUCUUCACUUCUUCUGCCAACGCACUGCAGUAUGCGACACUGGGUCGCCUGAACUUUGUGGACUCACUGAACUUUUUCCUCGUCGCCGCAGCCGCAGGAGCGGUCGGCCUCAUGUGCGUCACCAGGGCUCUGAAGCGGACGCGGAGACAAUCGUACCUCACGCUUCUUCUCGCCUUCACGACGCUCCUCAGCAUGGUCUGCAUGCUCUUCUCCUUCGGCUAUCACCACUUCCGGUCCGUGGCAACUGGAAAAGAAAAACCUCUGACAAUUCAGGACGCUUGUCAAGAACGCCAUCGCCUCCUCUUUGUGCACUCUUGAAUAGUCAGUCACUGUGUAUAGUUUGUGUGUAUCUUUCAGUGUGUAUUUCGAUGGGUUCAUCGACAUUGUGUUUCCAAUGAUGCGCCUGUGUGUCUUGGUCUAGUCCGAAGAUUUUUAAGCGCUCCGUGGGAACAAGGAAGGCCAACGCAGAAACAUUUUCUUCCACGAUUUGGGUUCCGUCUCCGAGGGGGCGAGGCGCCCUGGUAGAAUGCAAGGUUGCAUUUUUUUCAAUUGUUUUUCCAGUCUCACCAGACACCGUCUCUGUACACACCAUGAAAUAGGAUGGAAGACUCUCACUUAAAUCCUGUAGCGAUUGGUUCCCUGCCGAAUCGUUGCUUCUAUCUUUUACUAGAAGAGACGAUCGUGAAAGGGAGAUUGAGGAUCUCUACCUUCUCCCGCCGAUAUCCGAUUACCAUUUCUUUUAUUUUUCUUGCUUCUGUUCCCUAGCUUCUUUUCACGUUGUCCUCUUUAGAUCGUUGUUCCGGUUUCCCUCCUAUGUUGUCAGCUGCCACUUGAGGGCGGAUUCUGAAAACAUUCUGAAAGUUUUCUCCGACUUUCACAUCCGCGAGCGAAGCAGAAAAAAGAGAGAAUGGAGCAAAGCUCUCUUUUUGGGUUUUCUUCGAAAAGUGUCUGUUCUUGUCGAGACAAGAAAAGACGGGGAACACGGUCGACGGAUCGAAAACGCUGACCGCGUCGCUGUCGAAACCAACCUCUCUGUAGUCCUUCUCUUGCUUUCGGGGUCUUUGGUUUUUCAAAAGAACUUUAUCAAAAAAGAACAGCAAACCACACAUGAGGCAGGAGAGCCCUCCUCUCGUCGCUUCUCCCACUCCAGCUUUUUCUCGGUUCUGCGCCACUCUGUCUCCUCGUCCCGACGCACUUCAUUUCCACAAGUCCAGAGUUCCCUUUUCGCUCUUGCGAUAUUUUUCCAAGGCUGAAACUUUUACGGAGAAAACUGGACUUUUUUCUGCGUCUGCUGUGUGCAAGUCGCGUGACGGGAGGGAUACGGUCGCUUCUGGCCCCCCUGGCCCUGCUUCAGCGAACGGCGUACUACUCCGAAGACUUGCAGACUUCCCUCGUACGCGCAGUUCGUCCGGCACUCGUUAAUGAUCGUACAGUCAGCUAGUUACUGGCAUACGUGAUGUUCCAAUAGCAACAUGCGACAGGGGAGAGCAGCCACCCUAUACCUUGCCACCGGACUGGUCCUGGUCGACUGCUGCUCUUCCUUCGAAGACACCUGCGACUUCUCUGCGUCAGGAAUCACAGAUCGCUACACGACUCACGGCCACCGGCCAUCUCCGAACUCAACGAGGUUUCCCUAACGAGCUUGAAGCACCUUCAAAAGAC